AUAGCGAAUCAAUGAUUGAAUUCUGAGUUUUCUCUCGCUUUCUGCGUUUACUCAUUACUAUGGCGCGGACAAAGCAGACUUCCAAAAAGACGACAGGAGGGCCUGCCAAGCGUGGUAUGGUACCGAAGUUCAAGAAGCUUACAGGCCAUGGCGGUAUUCAGGUUAUCAAAACCAUACAAUCUAAGGCAGCUUUACCGUCAGGUGGAAAGGCCAUGCUGAAGCCUUUGUGGCAUAACAUCUUCUGCGUUUUUUGCUGGGAUGGGGGCUCUCUGUAUGAAUGCUCCGUGUGCCCACGCGUAGUCUGUGUAGAGUGUGUCGUUGUUCCUGCGGAGUUCCAAGAACGUACCAAAGACCCCGAUGUUCACUUCGUGUGCCCUGGGUGUCAUGAAAUGCGUGGAAAGGGUUCCAGGAGUAGUAGCAUCAGGCCAUACUUCGGAUUUGAGGACUGUGAUGGAACCCCGGUAUUCAAGGUCCCCGCUACUAUUCAUGGCCGUAUCGAAAUGGCCAGUCGGUCGGAGAUAUCUAGCAAUCCCAUCCUUGUCUUGCACUUUGUCCUUACCGCCCUCGACCCUGCUGGAUCGCCUGCGGCCGUAAUGCAACAUCAGCUACGGCCUUAUAGGCCCAACAACGCCUUACAUUUUCACGAGAUUAUAUUCGACAUUGGGACAAAUGCGAAAGCUGACCGGCAUGUGGAGUCCAUGAAGGCACUCGUAGCCCGCCUGAAACCCCUGGAGUAUGAGCGUGUUGAAAUUUUCGUCUACACUCAUUCAGAGACUGACCGGGGUGACAUAUGGGGUGGGUUCGAGGAUGGCGAUUUUUUGCGAAGGGGGAAAAAUAAAGUCGCAACGCUAGGCGAUCCUGUUGCGUACCCUGUGGACGAUUUCUUCGCAGGGCUUUUUGUCGGUGGAAUAGAGGAUUAUGUUAGGGGGGCUACGCUAUGGAUGCUGAUUUGCGGGCACACGGUACGGAAGCACGACUCGUUCCAGCUGUUGAAAACUUGCAUAAAACAGUGGAACAUGCAUUUGCUUUUGGCGCUACAUCGUUUCACGCAUGCCUGACCAUACCGCUUGUCACCACCUAUGUCCGCCGCGUACUUGUUGAAGGUUUCGAGGCACAAGAAGUCAUUUCCGACCUGCUUAACGCAUGCUCUCGCUUUGCAGUGCAUUCCUCCAUCGUACACAUACACAACCCGACUGCCUUCCGCCGGCGUCAGCCUACCAUGAUAGAGUACCAUCAGGGAGUAAAGCACAUCUCAACCGCUACGGCCUCAAUGACUGUCUCAACAUAUACCUUCUUCCACGACGCCAACCAUCCGUUCGGGAACGCCCUGCCCUACCAAUGUCCGAACUGCAUGUGCGUGCGUCCAUGGAAGCACAUCGUCUCCAACCCCCUCAGCGCACCGAAUGAAAGUAGGUUCAUCUGCCAGCACCCGGGCUGCGGUCA